AUGGCAGACAACUACCAGGGAGGUUUUGUGAAUCAGGGUUUCGAUGGAGAUUUGGAUCAGAUCCUUGAAGAGUUAUUUGAUGAGAACGUGUUGUUUGCUUGUGAUGAACCCAGUGCUGUUAACAACGACGAGCAAGGUGAUGUCAACAAUCAGGAGUUGAUAACCCCACCAGAAAACAUUGCGCAAGAGGUUGAAAUUACCACCGAAUCACAACACGCCCUAGGACACGUCACAAAUCCUGCCUCCGCCGACGUUCCGGCCCCCGAGGAUGGUUCUCACAAUCUCCCAGAUGUCUCAAGCUUACGCACUGAAGCUAGCGUUACGUGUAGACCGCGUCACUCGGAGGGUCAGGGGGUGAAACGUUUGAGGUUACCGGAGUGGGGAACGGACGAUGUACCAAGCACCAGUCGUUUAAGGAGUUCGGAGAAUAACGAGCAGCGAUAUGAUGAAGGAGGGGUGACAGCUUGGAGCGAUUCUAUGGUGAGCGCGUGGGAUCGUGCGUCUUUUAGCGACUCGGCAAGCGAGGAGGAGACGGAAGAACUGCCUAACGAAGACCCUCAAGAGCUGUUCCGUGAACGUGACUUAAAUAGAAGGCUUGAUUAUGAUAUGCUUCGCCGUGUUAAUCGACGGUUUGGCACACUUUUCGAUUUGAGCGGUCAAGCAUUAUCCUAUCGGGGUGCAGAAGAGAUCGUGGGUAAUGCUCAAAGUGAUGUGGUAGGGAUCUUGAGGAACAUCAUCGAAUGCCAGCAACAGCUCAACGAAUCCUUACGUCACGCUGCCGAAUUUUGGAGAAGCUGUCACGAUCAAUUAUAUGGUGAAUUUCGUCAGUUUCAACAGCGUAUGAACGGGGUACCGGGAGAAAUCCAUCAGGUACAAGUUGAACAAAAUUUAAUUGUUAACGCUCUUACUCUGAUCACUGAACGUUUAAAUCUAAUGCAAAGAAUGUUAUCAGAUUUGUACCAGCGUGAUCAUCCUUGAUAUGCAUUGUCUUGUUGUUUUUAGUAUUAUUAAUUUAAAAAA